AUGGUUCGUUUGGUCAUUACCCGAGUCACUGAUGCAGACUGGGACCAGCUCGUUGAGGUCCAAUUCAAGGCAUUUGCUUCCGAACAAUUCUGCCAAUUUGUCAAUGGAAAGGACACCCCCUUAAACCGAGAGCGGUGUAAAAAGAAGUACACUUGCCAUGAGCCGGAAUUCUGGGGUGGUGCGCUGUGGCUGAAAGUUAUUGAUGCGGAUGAAGUCCCAACCAGCCAGGUUAAAAGCAACGGGAAUGGAAGUGUGAAUGGGAGCGGAAACGGCAACGGAAACAGCCCGACGAUUCUGGGAGCUGCACUUUAUAGGCUCAAUCCAAAUUACUCUUCCGAAGACUUAAAACGAACCGAUCUAGAGCCCGAGAGUUUCAAAUGGCUGGAUGAUCCAGAAGAACGACGAAUUGCAGUGACAGUUAUCCAUGACGUUAUGGACAGGAAAAUGAGGUUUAUCAGAGAGCCACACAUUCAACUUUCUAUCCUUUUCGUUUCACCGGAGCAUCAGCAUAAAGGCAUCGGAGGUUCUCUGGUAAAUUGGGGGGUCCAGCUCUCCAAACAAAUGAUGCUUCCACUUUGGGUGGAAUCGUCAACUGCGGCCUAUAGUCUGUAUAAACGCCAUGGGUUCAAGGAACAAAUCCGCUCGAAAGUCAUAAUAGGAUCCUGUGAUAUUGAAUAUUCAAUUCUAAAAUGGGAGCCCGAACAGAAGCACCAGCCUGUGAAGGGUAAAUGA